GUAAGCUGUCACCGACAUGGGCAGUGAGCACUACUGCUUGAGGUGGAGCAAUCAUCAAUCCAACCUGUUAGGGGUGUUUAGUCAAUUAUUACAGGACGAGAGUCUGGUGGACGUAACAUUAGCUUGUUCUGAGGGCGCUUCCAUCAGAGCCCAUAAGGUGGUCCUCUCGGCCUGUUCCUCAUACUUCCAGAGCCUUUUUCUGGACCACCCCGAAAAACAUCCAAUUGUGAUAUUAAAAGACGUCCGUCUAUCCGAGCUGCAAACAUUAGUAGAAUUCAUGUAUAAGGGCGAAGUAAACGUGCAAUAUUGUCAGCUCUCUGCUCUAUUGAAGACAGCGGAAUCACUGAAGGUGAAAGGUUUAGCAGAAAUGACAAAUCAAAAUACUGCAUUAAGAGAACCCGAAAGAGAACCUGAUCGUUUAAGAUCAUCUCAUUCACAACAAUCUAGUACUGCUAAAUCAUCAUCUGGUGUAUCAAUUGCAGCACCAACAUCUUCAGCUGCUACAGCAGCAUCAUCAUCUUCAUCUAUAUGUGAUCCGCAGUGUUCAAUGGAAACUUCUUCACCAAAUUUAAUUGGUAGUGGAAGUGGAACCGGUAGUACAAUAUGUGCUUCGUCAUUAAGUCAACAACAGCAGCAAACUCAAAUAUCAACAAAUUCAAGUUCUGUUUUAGCGUCAAUUUCAACAACAAAUAGUAAUUUUAAUUUAGCCGUUAAACGUGAAAAUGAUCGUUGUAGUCCUUCACCACCAAAAAGAUUACAUUCAUCGGCACCAUCAUCAUCGCCUCUACCAUUAGAUUUAUAUCAAAGGCGUUGUCCAAGUAGUCGAAGUGAUAGACAUAGGCGUUUAGAUGAAGAACAUGAUUUAUCAACAUCAUCAAUGGGUGGUGGUGGUGCCGGUAAUACAAAUAUUGGUAGUGGCUGUGGUGGUAGUGGUAGCGGUAGUGGUGGCGGCGGUGGUGGAAUUAGUGGUCGUUUAUCAAGAACACCAACAACUAUUAAUGAUGAACAACUUUCACCAGGAAGUUGUGGUUUAUUGGGUGAUAAAGAACGUGAAAAAGAACGUGAUAGAGAUAAACAUAAUAAUUCAACUGAUGAUGAUGAUGAUUGUAUUGGACCAAAUUCAAUUGGUAUUAAUAUGACCAUUAAUUCUAGUAGUUCAAAUAAUGGUAUACAAAGUGGUGGAAGAGAUAGUAUUAGCAAUCGUAUUAGUAGUGGUGGUAAUGAUGGUGGUGUUAGUCAUACAUCAUCAUCACAAACGGUUGUUGUUCCUCCAUUAAAUACGUCAAAUACACAAACAUCAUCAUUUCAUACAUCAGAUUUAAGACCAUCAUCACGUAGUGGUGGUAGUGGUACAGGAAAUGUUAAUAUAACGCACACAGCUACCAGUAGUGGUAUUAGUAGUCCAAUUAUAUCAACGGAACCAGUUGCUGGACCAUCGGGUUUAGGACCAGUUCAAUCGGUGCCAUUAUCCUUAAAAAAGGAAAUUGAUUGGGAACGUAGUGAUGAUAAAUCUGGUGAUACAAUAGACUACCGACAUUCACACGAUUCGAUUGAUGAACAUGUUAUUCCAAAUUUUCCACGUUCUUUGUCAGCGCAUCCAGCAACUGGACGCUGUCAAAGCUCUUUUCCACUUCCAUUUACUUCUCCUCUCGGACUAGGCUUAUUUGAUACAGAUCCGUCCAGAAUAUUGGCAAUAUUACAUCACCAAGCACUAUUAGCUGAAGAAACUUUAAGAUAUCGGGGUCUUUUAUUUUCAUCGCCAAAAGAGCCAAUUCGUUUUAACUCAAUAACUGAUAUAUUAGCAUCGUCCAAAGACCAUGAUUUUCUGAAUAAGCAUGCAGCAAUGUACAAAUCUCAAAGUCUCUUUAAUAACAACAAUAACAGUAACAUUAAUAAUCCAAACUAUAAUAAUAACAACAACAUUGCAAAUCGUUUCUCAUUGACACCAACAAAUAUUAGUCAAACAACUUCACAUUAUCAUCACAGUCAUAAUCUUUUAGCAAGGCAACAACAUGAACAACAACGAGAACACCAGAAGCAACAACCACAACAACCACAGCAUCAACAACAGCAACAGCAAAAGCAACCGCAACAUCACAAUCGAAAGGCGGAGUCAUCACCACCCUAUUACCAAAAAGAUUCAAUACUUGAAGAAUUAAAGAAACGUUCAGAGGAAACCGUCCAACGAGAAGAAGAAGCUGAAAUGGCUGAAUUAGCUUUAAAUGGUAAUACAUCAUCAUCAGCAUCAAAGGACUCAUUAAAUGAUUACCUACGUAGAGGUGCUGGUGGUGGUUCAUGUUCAUCAUUAGGUGAUACUUCAAGUUGUUUACGUUAUACAACAAGUACAGAAACGUCCAGUACCAAGGAAAAAAGUUCCUCAUCAUCUACCUCAUCGACACCACCUCCAUUAUCAAAAUCAACAUCGUCAUCAAUUAUGUCAACUGUUGAUUCUUUACUUUUUUCCGAGCCAAUUGAAGAAGAAACACAUUGUGUUGUGUGUAAUGCACAAUUUCCGAACGUUUGGUUAUUAGAACAGCAUGCCGCUUUACAACAUCCUUGUGCGGGUCCUGAAGAUAAACCAUUUAUAUGCGAGCAAUGCGGUCAAUCAUAUCGUUAUAGAUCAGCUUACGCAAAACAUAAAGAACAAAACCAUCGUGCCCGCUUACCAGCGGAUAAAUUAUUUACAUGCGAUGUAUGUGGAAUGCAAUUUCGUUACUUAAAAUCAUUUAAAAAGCAUCGUCUUAAUCAUGCACUAGAAAGAUUACAUGGUAAAAAAGAACGUAGAAAUAUGUUGGACAAUCAACAUCCAAACAACAACAAUAACAAUAAUAAUAACAACAACAGCAAUAAUAUUAAUAAUGGAAAUAAUAAUCAAGAAAUUGUAACUAGCUCAAAUGAAAUGCUUCACAAUGAAGUGGCUGAUCUUCGAAUGAGUUUUAAACGCGAAAAGGAGAAUGAAGAGGAGCAAGAUAAUACUGUUGAUUCAGUGGGCAUUGGUUUAGGUGAUACAAAUUCAUCUUCAUCUGCAACACCAACUACAACAACAAAUUUGUCUACACCAGAAACUCCCCCCAUUUGUGCUGAAACAAAAAUAACCAGUUCGGAAAGUCUAUAUAGUACAAAUAAGAGAGGCAUGUUUUUCUUACAACCUCGAUUAAUUUCACCACAAAUUGAACCAGAAUCAUCACAACAAAUGCAUCAAAUGCCGACAACAUCACUUAAUACUCUUAUUAAUGCUGAAAGGAUUCCAAGUGAACAAUUAUUGGGUUUAAAUCCACAAGAAGCAUCAAUAUUAAAUUUUCUUAGAGUUGAUGCCGCUGAACGUCAAAGAGAUAAAAGAACACCAUCAUCACGUUUCUCUUGUCCCUUUUGUGGAAAAUGUGUUCGAUCAAAAGAAAAUCUUAAAUUACAUGUUCGUAAACAUACAGGGGAGCGACCAUUUGUAUGUUUAUUUUGUGGUCGAGCAUUUGGUGGUAAAUCUGAUCUAACACGUCAUUUACGUAUUCAUACAGGUGAAAGACCAUACCAUUGUGAAUCAUGUGGCAAAUGCUUUGCACGAGCUGAUUACUUAUCAAAACAUCUGACAACACAUAUUCAUAAUGCACCCCGCUGAGAUGAGGCGCGGAGGAGAAGACUCCUCCGCAGAUAAUGUGAUCAAUAAAUAAACAAAAUUUUGUAAGAAAAGUGAUAAAGGAUCAUCUGUAAAUUGAAUAAAAAAAAAGUUGAAAAAAAAAAACAAGAAAGAAAGAUGAUACACAAAGAUAUAAAAAUACUAAAGAGAUUUUCUUAUUUUUAUUUUUAAUCUUUUUAUUAUUUUAAAAAAAAACAUAAGAAAUUUUGGUCACAAAUAUUAAAUUUAUUUUAUUUAA